AUCCCUAAUCCCUAUCUUGCGGUUUCUUCUCCUUCCUCGCCUAAAUGCCUAAUUGGCUAUUUCCCUAGCGAUCUCCAGUCCUCCAUUAGCGACGCCAGUCUGCAACCUCCACAAGCGACGCUCGUCUGCGACCUCCACCAGCGACGCCCGUCUGCGACCUCCACCAGCGGCGCCAACCUGCAAGGUUGCGACCAGCGACGCCGACCUGCGAGGCUGCGACCAGUGAGUCUCAUCAACAGGCGAGUAGGCGACGGCGAGAAUCGAGUCUUCGACCAGCGACCUCGACGUACCAGCACCGAGUCUCUACUACAGCCACAGCCGCUUGAGUGUGUUCCUGCGUGUCUCUACUACAGCGAGUCUCUACUUCGACCUGCGACCUCAACCAGCUCCGCGUGAGUUCCUGACUCCGUGAGAACCGAGACUUCCGAGAGGCGAGACUGCUACCGCUACCGCUUUGAUUUGGUUGUGAAUAUUGUUUUGAUUAAUUGUGAUUGCUACUGUCUGCUAGUGUGUGAAUAUUGUGUGAAUAUGAUUAUUGUCCUUAUUUGUCAAAUAUAUUAACCAAUUUAAUGAUUUAUGGAUAAUUUUCUAAGAGGUUGAAUCUGAUUGUGCAUUAGUUUUGUGUAUUCUGGUUAUGAGUCUUCUGCAGAUUCUGGUUUUCAAUUUCUCAGCAAGAAUUGAAAGAUGAAUGAAAAUGAGAUAUGUUUCAAAAAAAAAAAAGAGAUUGUAGAAUAAGCUAGUCGGCGUAAGCUCUUUUUCUUCUUUCUUUAUCAUUUUAACUCGCUUUCUUGCUUUUAAAAAUAUAAGUUCCUCUCUCGUAUCUGGAAUUCACGCGUCUCCUUCUCUUCUCAGUUGAUCAGUAUUUCUGCACUGUUCUCUUGAAUAGAUAAAAUUUUUCAGAUAUAUAUUUGGAGUUUUUGUUCUUUUUCCCGUUCCACUGAUUUUACAAGUGUUUCUCUACAUUUCUAGGGCUGAAUUUGGUGAAGGAACUUCUAUCUGUGUGUUUGUAUGAAGUGAUAUCUUGGGCGCUUCUUGAAUACCCACCCUUUUGAUAGUUUGGGGGCAAGAAAGCAAGCUGUUCAAGUUACGGGUAGCAGAAACGGAGUUCUUAGUUUGAAUUAGUCUUUGAGUGUUUUGAUAUUUAUUGGGCAUUAGGGUUUGUCAAGCUAUUUUGCUCAGGUGUUGGAAUUUUAGGGUUGGGUUUGGAGAAUUUAGUGUAUGGAUGAUAAAUCUUCAGGCCAUGGAGGGGGUUUGUUGCCUCCAUCAGGGAGAUCUUCGGUGUUCUCACCACCUUGUAGUAAUAUCAAUGUAAAGUCAGAGCCAUCUGGAUCUUUCAGUUUGCCCCCAUUAGGGCCAUCCGCGGGUGCUUCUGAAUCAGGCCAUUUUGGUAUUGGGAGGCCAUCAGAUUCUAGCCAGUUUAGUUAUGAUAUUAGCUGUAUGCCUGAUAACCCGCGGAAGCAUAUGGGCCAUCGACGUGCACAUUCAGAGAUUCUUACACUUCCUGAUGACAUCAGUUUUGAUAGUGAUCUUGGUGUUGUUGGUGGAUUUGAUGGACCAUCUUUGUCGGAUGAGACUGAGGAGGACCUGUUCUCUAUGUUCCUUGACAUGGAUAAGAUUAAUGCAUCAUCUGCAACUUCUGCAUUCCAAGCGGGCGAGUCAUCUUCUUCGGGAGCUAUGGCUUCAGGCUCAUCCCAAACUCUAGCAUCUGGAUCAUUGAUGCCAACGUUUGAGAAUGUUAGUCCUGCUGUUAGCGAGAGGCCAAGAGUUAGACAUCAGCAUAGCCAGUCUAUGGAUGGUUCAACAACUAUCAAGGCAGAAAUGCUCACAUCGGGUUCGGAAGAGCAAUCUCCUGCUGAAUUAAAAAAAGCCAUGUCUGCUGCCAAGCUUGCUGAGCUUGCCCUUAUUGACCCAAAGCGUGCAAAAAGGAUUUGGGCCAACAGGCAAUCCGCUGCUAGAUCAAAGGAAAGGAAAAUGAGAUAUAUAGCUGAGCUUGAAAGAAAGGUCCAGACUCUUCAAACAGAAGCUACUUCAUUGUCUGCUCAGUUGACCUUGUUGCAGAGAGAUACCAAUGGUUUGACUGCGGAAAACAGUGAACUUAAAGUGCGCUUGACAACGAUGGAACAACAAGUGCACUUGCAAGAUGCCUUAAAUGAUGCUCUGAGAGAGGAGAUACAGCAUCUGAAAGUGUUAACUGGGCAAGGCAUGGCAAAUGGUGGAGCUAUGAUGAACUUUCCUCCCUCGUCUGCUGGAGCAAAUCAAAAUCAACAAUUUUAUCGCAACAAUCAAGCCAUGCACACAUUGUUAACAACGCAACAGUUCCAGCAGCUCCAAAUAAAAUCGCAAAAGCAACUUCACUCAUAUCAGCAGCAGCAUCAACUGCACCAAUUGCAACAACUGCAGCACCAUCAGCCUCAGGAACAACAUUUGCACCAAUCCGGAGACAUGAAGCUGAGAAAUCCAUUAUCUGUGAGUGGUCAGAGCGAGAAUCCUUCAGAUGGCAGUAGUGCUUGAAGCAUUGAAGAUGUAAAGCAUUGUAGUAGGAUUGGUCUAUCUCCAGAAACUCCAUCUAUAUUUUAGUUGUACUUAGGAUCCCAUUGAAUUUUAGGUGAUUAAAUUGUUAAAUUCUUAUUCAUUUGACCUUUUGUUGUGUACUUAAAUACUGAACCUUCUUAUGGUAGUCCUGUUGUAUGACAGAAUUGUCGUUUCCUCUACAAUACUAGUUGAGUUGGAAAUA